AUUUGCGGAAAGCAGGUUGUGCCAUGGGCACAACGAAAUCCGCCAACGCAAGGUUGAGACGGUCGCCAAUUUUCGUCCAUUCUAUCCAUUGUACGUAAAAGCCCCCGUAUUUUGAGAUAAUAACGGAACUACCCUCACCUUCAUCUUCACCGUUCAUGGAUCUUCCGUGUACUGAAAGUCAAGAAACACUGUCGUUCAUAACGACCUGGAUGUAAAAGUUGAUUGAGCUCCGCGAAGCACCAAAACUCAAAAAGUGACCCUCCAUGGCUAAACCAAAGGCUCCCAGACGAACCCUAGAGUCAUACACAGUCAAACACAUAAGCAAAACCGUUAGAGCUGGCGACUGCGUUCUUAUGCGGCCCUCCGAGCCGUCGAAACCGUCGUAUGUGGCUAGGAUCGAGCGGAUCGAGGCCGACUCUCGAGGCGCCAACGUUAAGGUUCACGUCCGUUGGUAUUAUCGGCCGGAGGAGUCUAUCGGUGGCCGUCGCCAGUUCCACGGUUCUAAAGAGGUUUUCCUCUCUGAUCACUUUGAUGUUCAGAGCGCCGACACGAUCGAAGGCAAGUGCACGGUUCACAGUUUUAAGGGCUACACGAAGCUCGAUGCUGUCGGAAAUGACGAUUUCUUCUGCCGUUUCGAAUAUAAUUCCGCCACCGGAGCAUUCAAUCCAGAUAGAGUCGCCGUGUAUUGUAAAUGUGAGAUGCCUUACAAUCCUGAUGACCUAAUGGUUCAAUGUGAAGGCUGUAGUGAUUGGUUUCAUCCUGCUUGUAUAGACAUGACUGUGGAGGAAGCCAAACGACUUGACCACUUCUUCUGUGAAAGUUGUUCUGCGGAAGAUCAAAAUAAGUUGCCAAAUCCUCAUGCUGCGAGACACUCAGAUACAAAGUGGCAAACCAGCAUGAUAGGAACGUCCGAACCUGUUCAACGAAUUCUCAGAGGAAACUCGGGUCUUAUUACGGACAGUAGGGAUAGGAAACACUGGUUUACUAAGGUUCAUGUUUUUUUCUGGACGGGCAGGUGGAUACAAAACGCCGUCGACGGUGAUAGUACAUAAGGAGGAUAGAAUGAGAUAGUUCAACGAUGGGGGACUGGGAACCUUGCGUUUCUGAUCCUGGGUAGGCACCACCAAACAAACACGGAGGCAAUGUUUUCUGCAGUAAGCUGUAACCUUUCUACUUUGACAGAGAGACCCGUUUGGAAAUAUGUUUGUCGUGUCUAUUUGGUUUGAAGACUUGUCCUGUUUACUUUGAAAGUCGAGGAUGUGUUUGCUUGUUUGUAAUUAUCUACUGUAGAUUCCUUCUCCUCUCUUCCCGUCCUUGUUCAUACUAGGACUUCUGUAAAGUUUAUUGACCUAUUUAUGAGCAGCGCAGGACCUUUUUUUUUCUUUUUAUUUAAAUUAAAGCUUUGUACAAGAGAUUGUGGAGCUGACUUUAUUUUUUUGGGAAAUUUACAAUGCAAAAUCAUGAUU